AUGAAGUCAUUCAUUCCAGUGCCUGAAGGUUCGGAUUUCCCGAUCCAAAAUCUUCCUUAUGGAGUGUUCUCCACGAAAGACAAUGCAAAACACCGUAUUGGUGUUGCGAUUGGCGAAUCGAUCCUGGACCUCUCCGCCAUUGCUCACCUCUUCGACAGUCUAUCACUGAAAGGACAUCAGGACGUUUUCAGACAGGAGACGUUGAAUGCCUUCAUGGGCUUGCCUCGAGCCGCGUGGGUAGAAGCUCGGGCGAUUAUUCAGAAGCUGCUCCGAGACGAUGUCCCAACACUCAAGGAAAAUCCGGAGCUGAGAGCUAAGGCGAUUGUGAGCCAAAAGGACGCCACCAUGCAUCUUCCUGCUACAAUCGGAGACUACACCGACUUCUACUCGUCGAUCUAUCACGCCACUAACGUUGGCAUCAUGUUCCGCGGCAAGGAAAACGCUCUUAUGCCUAACUGGAAAUGGCUGCCAGUUGGCUAUCAUGGACGAGCCUCUUCGGUCAUUCCGUCUGGCACACCAGUGAGACGCCCUCGUGGACAGGUGAAACCCGAAGGAGCUGCUGAACCUACCUAUGGUCCUUCGCGGCUGCUGGAUUUUGAGCUCGAGAUGGCGUUCUUCGUAGGCGGUCCAGCGACCGAGCUGGGUCAGCCGAUUCCGAUCGAAGAUGCCGAAGAGCACAUUUUCGGUGUGGUACUCAUGAACGACUGGAGCGCGCGCGAUAUUCAAGCUUGGGAAUACGUACCUCUUGGUCCAUUCCUUGGUAAAUCAUUCGGUACCACAAUUUCACCAUGGAUAGUCCCUAUUGAAGCUCUACGGCCGUACAUCGUUGAAAAUCCGAAACAGGACCCCGCUCCACUGAGUUACCUGAAACACUCAGAUCCAUUCACACUGGACAUCAAUCUUGAGGUGACGAUCAAGCCAGAUGGAGGUGCUGAUCAUUCCGUGUGCAAGACCAAUUUCAAGCAUCUGUACUGGACUUUGAAGCAACAGUUAGCUCACCAUACGGUGAACGGUUGCAAUGUCCGACCUGGUGAUCUUAUGGGUUCUGGAACCGUUUCCGGACCGGAAGAAGGAGCGUAUGGAUCGAUGUUGGAACUGUCGUGGCGAGGUGCCAAGACCGUAGCUGUCGGUGAUCAGACUCGGAAAUUCCUACAGGAUGGUGAUGAGGUGAACCUCAGCGGAUUCUGUGAGAAGGACGGUGUCCGCAUCGGAUUUGGCGAAUGCCGAGGAAAAGUCCUGCCAGCACUCUGA